GCAUCAGUUCUUGGAUCCAUAUUUUCAAAUAUCUUGUUAGUAUUAGGAUCAUGUUUUCUUGCUAGUGGGAUCACCAUUCUUAAAGAAAAAUGGUUGAAACAAGAAUUUAGUUCAACUGCAGCACAAGCAAGUUCUAGUAUUAUGACUUUGGCAUGCAUUGCUUUAGUUGUACCUGCCACUUUUAUUCUUGCUAUCGAUGGAAAUUCUAACAGUACUAUUAGUAAUAGUGCUCUCAACACAAUUGAUUCUAGAGUCUUGCAUUUAAGUUAUGGAACUUCUAUAGUGUU